UUUCAAAGGUGCGAAGCAGACUGCGCGCUGUGAAACACGAAAUACAGCUGGGGCCUCAGCAUCUAUCUGGAUUGGAGAUCAUUCGAGAUCUAUGUGAGGGGAAGCUGGAAGGUGGAGAAAUUGGCUCAACAGAAAUAACCUUCACUCCUGGGAAGAUCAAAGGUGGAACCCACAUAGCAGAUACAAAAACAGCAGGGAGUGUGUGUCUACUGAUGCAGGUAGCAAUGCCCUGUGUACUGUUUGCUGCUUCCCCAUCAGAACUUCGUUUAAAAGGUGGAACUAAUGCUGAGAUGGCUCCUCAGAUAGACUACACAGUCAUGGUUUUCAAGCCAAUAGUUGAAAAGUUCAAUUUCACAUUUAAUUGUGACAUAAAAAAGAGGGGCUACUAUCCUCAGGGAGGCGGUGAAGUUGUAGUCCAGAUGUCACCAGUCAAAGAGUUGAGCCCAAUAAACUUAACAGAACGUGGCGCAGUGACAAAGAUACAUGGAAGAGCAUUUGUUGCGGGAGCGCUGCCUAUAAAACUGGCGAAAGACAUGGCAGCAGCAGCAGUGAGAUGCAUCAGAAAAGAAAUCAGAGAUCUUUACAUUAACAUUCAGCCUGUUCGAGAACCUGAUGAUCAAGCCUUUGGGACUGGCAGUGGAAUAAUCAUUGUGGCAGAGACUUCAACAGGUUGUUUGUUAGCUGGGUCAUCACUUGGCAAGAGAGGAAAGAAUUCUGACAAGGUUGGCAUUGAAGCAGCUGAGAUACUGCUUAGGAAUCUUAAACACGGUGGAACAGUAGAUGAUUCUCUGCAAGACCAACUGAUCAUUUUUAUGGCACUAGCAAAAGGGUUGUCUAGAGUGAAAAGUGGACCAAUUACACUUCAUACACAAACAGCUAUACACUUUGCAGAGCAGCUAACAAAGGCCAAAUUUACUGUGACAAAAUUGGAAGAAGAUCCCAGUAAAGACACCUACAUCAUUGAGUGCCAAGGAAUGGGGAUGAUAAACCCAAAUUUAUAG